UUUCCUCCCGCCUUUGAAUCAGCUGUUCGCCAACCGCCAUGGCGCACGCGAUGUCAAAACGUCGGAAACGUUUUCUUAUUUCGCGAGUUUUACCCUUCGAAAGGAUAUUCUCCUGAGUUUCGAUUAUGUAAAUACGCGUAUUACAAAUAUUCGUUUGUCCUACAUAUUCGUGUAUUAUGCUUUCGCAAAAAGUAUUAUUCCAUUUUUCAUUUAUGUGAUUGUCGUCGUGAACGUGAUUUGAUUGGAGGGUUGCUCCGUUUGCAGAUUUUUUUCAACCUCUCAGGGGUUCAAUGAUGUGAGUGGUCGUACACACCGGAGAACGUCAAAUGUCAAACAUCACAAUGGGGUGAAUAAGAUGUGACAAUAACCGCGACGAAAAAGGCUUGAGUUAUCGAAAAAGGAAAACAAAAAGAAAGAAAUAAAGAAUAAAAAAGAAAAAUAAAGAAAAGGAAAACUGAAAGGAAGGAAGGAAUGUAAGAAGGAAAGAAAGAAAGAAGAUAGGAAGAAGAAAUAAAAACGAGGUCAUCGUCCCUCGAGGCUAUUUAACGAAGACUCGAAGGUACAAAGAAUUAUCGAAAGAGGAUUCUGAUCUAUAAGAAAUGGAGGAAGUCGAAAUCGAAAUUGAGCCAACGUACGAAAAUCUCUCUCCAAUGUUCUAAGAGCCGAAAAUUGCAAAGUCCGUGAAAACGCUGAGGUUCUACAUUGUCCCUAAUUGACAGGAAGAGAAAGAGAAGAAGAUAGAGAGAGAGAGAGUGAGGGCGAAAGGAAAAAAGCCUUCAAGCUGGAAACUCAAACGUAAGGAAGAAAGAAGGGAAAAAGGAGAAGAAGAAAAGGGAGAAGAGAAUAAGGUAUCUGGAACGGCUUUGAAGUUUACGAGUAAGUCGGUGGCUCCUGCUAGUGUAAUAGAAUGAACGAGUAAAAGCGAAAGAAAAAAAGAAAAAGACAAAAAGAAAGAGAAAGAAAAGCAUAUGGCAUAACAAAUGGUCAGCCGUAAAACUGGCUCAGGAAAGUAAAACGACACCGGAAGUAGCUAACCAAGGAAUACUCGAUGUGCCAGAAAGGCUUGUGUACAAGUCUAUCCUCUCGAUAGCUCUCAACUUGUUCAUACGUAGCAAUCGUUACAAUUUUUCAUUCGGAUUUAGGAAAGAUCAAUGAAACGAAGAAAUUGUCAUCGAUCCCUAUAUAAAUCGUGAAUGAAAAAUUUUCAAAGUUACUGAAAGAAAAUAAGGAAUUCUUUAACCGUCCGUUGUACAAUGAUUAUUCUAUAAUUUUGAUUAUUUUUGUGGAAAAUUAAUGAAAAUAAUAAAAUAUCAUCGUACUGAAAAAUUGUAGAUUAGCGUUGGUUUGAAUAAUAAAUCAGUGAGAGCGUAGGAGAAAAAGAGGAAAAAGAAAAAGCAGAAGAAGAAAAAGGACAAAAAAGGGGGAAAGAAGGAACCAUCUUGGGUUCAGCCAGAUGGGUUAAAGGUGAAACGCGAUGGAAGGCGCGAUUCCGUGCCGGUGGAUGCAAAAGGGCGCUGUUCGCGCUGUUACUGCUGCCCUUUCGGAAGCGCAACAAGUGACAACGCCGUGCAACUGCUACUGCUGUUACUGCUACUACCACUCUUACUUCCCGAUUUACAGACGUCAUCUGCUUUAUCCAGCUAGGAGUCGAGAAGAUUCGAUUCCAUCUACUUGAAUGUAAAAAAGACAAAAAUUAAAGGAAAGGAAAGUAAAGAAAAAGGAAGAUAAAGAGAGAGACGGGGAAGGGAUACGGGUCAGAGAUCAUUGACAAGGAACCUCCGUUAGCAGGGAUGCCUGCUAAGAUGAACUUCUUAGAAGCUAUCCAAAGAAGAUUAUUUCCUUCUUCGUCCUUCUUAUCUUCUUCUUCUUUUUCAACGUGCACUUUAACGCAGAAAUAGGUACGGCCAAGUGCCCAUGGCGACUUUGUCUGUUGAGAUACUCGAUGAAACUACGUUGGACAGAAAGACGAUUGCUGAGAAUCUUGGAGGAUUCUUGGUCUGGUAUUCCUUGGACUGUACCUUGAAUCCUACGAAUGAGAACAGACCUCUAUUAUUCGUCUGAUCUCAAGACGAGCUUUGCGAGAAGAGAAAAGAAAAUAAGAAUUAUAGAGGAAUAAAAAGAAAAGAAAAAUUAAUAACGGUACAGAAUAAGAAGAAAAGAGGAUCAAAAGGAUUUUUUAACACUUGUAUCUUUUUAGAUUUUAUUUUAGUUAUUUGUUUUCGAUCCACCGGCCACUUUUUGUCAAUCGAUUAAAAUUUUCUUCUCGAUCUUAGUGUUACGUGUAGUGAUUCGAUUGUCGACGUCGUCAUCGUCAUCGUCAUCGUCGUCGUCGUCGUAGUGGACGAUGGUAACGAAAAUCUCUGCUGUCGAUGCUGGCGUCGCUCUAUUGGGCGCCGUCGGUUCGCGUUGUGUCGUAAAACAGGCAACGGUGAAGAAAUGCGUCGCAGCCCUCCUUCUUGUCUCCAUUGCCAGCAUCUUUUAUUACACCCACUACGUCAUCAGCAGUCCUCUCUCUAGUUUGAUACAUCGAGAUACCAGACCCGAGCCCUCGAUAAGAUGCUCCACAUUAAGGGGUGCGACGAGACUGCCUUCGGCACCGGAUCACCGGAGCGAGGCUCGAUUGAGAAUAGAUCCAAAGGUGUUGGUCUUCGUCGAAACUUUAUAUUCCAGGCUGGGACGAGAGAUAGCCGAGUUACUCGUUUAUAACCGAAUAAAGUACAAAGUAGAGGUAGCCGGCAAGUCUCUGCCGGUAUUGACGAAUCUCGACAAAGGUCGUUAUGGCGUUCUAAUAUUCGAGAACCUGAACAAGUACCUUCAAAUGGACAAGUGGAAUCGAGAACUAUUGGACAAGUAUUGUAGAGAAUACUCGGUCGGAAUCGUAGGCUUUGCUCCUCCUGGAGAAGAGAGUCUCGUUGGUGCCCAACUCAAAGGUUUUCCUCUCUUCAUACAUACGAAUCUUCGAUUAAAGGACGCCCAGUUGAACGCGGCAUCUCCUAUUCUACGAUUAACCAGAUCCGGAGAAACAGCCUGGGGACCACUUCCUGGUGGUGACUGGACCAUUUUUCAGGCCAAUCACAGUACCUACGAACCAUUGGCCUGGGCGCACAGGGACAGCCUCGACUAUCCAACCAACAAAAGCCCUCUGGCUACUGUCAUUCAGGAUCAUGGAAGAUACGACGGCAUUCAAAGAGUCCUGUUCGGUGGAGGUCUAAGAUUUUGGUUGCACAAGUUGUUACUCCUCGAUUCGCUCUCGUAUCUUUCGCACGGUCAACUGAGUCUAAGCUUGAAUCGUAUGAUUCUUGUUGACGUGGACGAUAUAUUCGUCGGUGAGAAAGGUACGAGGUUGAAGAGGGACGACGUGAUGGCUUUGCUGGCGACGCAACAAAAGAUUCAAGCACUGGUUCCGGGGUUCAAAUUCAACUUGGGGUUUUCCGGGAAGUAUUUUCAUCACGGAAUAGCAGAGGAAAAUUUGGGGGACGAUAUGCUUCUGGAGAACGUCGACAGAUUUACGUGGUUUUCCCACAUGUGGAACCACCAACAACCCCAUCUUUACGAGAAUGUGACCCACCUACAAUUGGACAUGGCACUGAACAAACAAUUCGCAAAGGACCACGGAAUACCAACGGUAAGCGGAUACAGCGUAAGUCCUCAUCAUUCAGGCGUUUAUCCGGUCCACGAAGGCCUCUAUGAGGCUUGGAAAAGAGUUUGGAACAUCAAGGUCACUAGCACGGAAGAAUACCCACAUUUAAGGCCAGCACGUUUAAGACGUGGUUUUAUUCAUCGUAACAUCAUGGUACUCCCCAGACAGACGUGCGGCCUUUUCACUCACACCAUCUUUAUAGAAAGGUACCCAGGCGGAAGGGAUAAGUUGGACGAAUCGAUACAGGGCGGCGAACUCUUUCAAACGAUCGUUUAUAAUCCUAUAAAUAUUUUUAUGACACACAUGUCCAAUUAUGGAAACGAUCGUUUGGCACUGUAUACCUUCGAAUCCGUAAUCAAGUUUAUUCAAUGUUGGACAAAUUUGAGAUUGUCGAGUGCACCGCCGCUUAAACUCGGCGAACAUUAUUUUCAACUGUAUCCAGAGGAAGCCGAUCCUGUGUGGGGUAAUCCAUGCGACGACCAAAGGCAUCAAAAAAUCUGGUCGAGAAACAAAACGUGUGAUCAAUUGCCAAGAUUCUUAGUCAUUGGUCCUCAAAAAACUGGUACCACUGCACUCUAUACUUUUCUGUCCAUCCAUCCGGCCAUAAGCAGUAAUUUACCCAGCCCAGACACGUUCGAAGAAAUACAAUUUUUCAAUGGGAAAAAUUAUUAUAAAGGUUUAGAUUGGUACAUGAGUUUCUUUCCGGCAUCAAAAAACGAAAGUUCUAGAUAUCUUUUCGAAAAAUCAGCAACUUAUUUCGAUGGCGAAUUGGUUCCAAGAAGGGCGCAUGCACUUUUACCAAGAGCUAAACUCAUUACAAUAUUACUUUCGCCAGCACGAAGAGCUUAUUCGUGGUAUCAACAUACUAGAGUUCACGGUGACCCUAUAGCAAAUAAUUAUUCCUUUCAUUCGGUCAUUACGGCCAGCGAUACAGCCCCAAAACCAUUAAGAGACCUUCGGAAUAGAUGCCUCAAUCCCGGCAAGUAUGCUCAACAUUUAGAAAGAUGGUUGUCGUUUUAUCCACCUCAGCAAGUGCAAAUCAUCGAUGGCGAACAAUUGCGACAAAAUCCAGUAGAAACGUUGCACGAAUUGCAAAGGUUUCUUAAAAUCACUCCAGUAUUUAAUUAUUCCUCGCAUCUCAGGUAUGAUCCUAAAAAAGGAUUCUUUUGUCAAGUUACCAAUGAAGAUCGUACUAAGUGUCUCGGAAAAAGUAAAGGACGUCAGUACCCACCGAUGGAGGAUAAAUCCUACAAAUUUUUACAAAGAUAUUACUUGUCACACAACACGGCUCUUGUAAAAUUAUUAAAACGACUAGGAUCCAGAACGAUUCCACAAUGGUUGAAGGAAGAUCUGACCGAUACGGUGAUGACCUAGCAAACGCCAAUCGCAUGAAACACAGCUAUAUCUCGAUUUCAAGCUUGGAUUCUCGCUUCCGCAGUACACGAAAUACGUCGUUUAUUAGUGGAAGACUUGUAAAUUAUUUGUAAAUUAAAAUAUAUUUCGCUGGAUUAUAACAUCCUAAUCGGAGAAGGACCAUAACCAGUGAAGUGAUGGCCUAACAAAUCGAUGAAAACCUGCAAAGCUACUAGUCACUAAACGAUUUAACAGUUACAUGA